AUGCGAACCCGCAGAUCAAACCGCACAAAAUCAUACACCACCCAAAAAUACGACUUUGACAGCUCCUCCUCCGACACAGAGCAACAUGCCGCCCCUCCCAGAACAAGGCACACCCGCCAACCAGCCCACGCCAACGACUCAGACGAAAACUUUGACGCAUCAGCUGUGAAUGAGUCCCCCAACGACGAUGACAUGCCCUCUGCCGAAGAGGGCGACAGCGAUGCCGCAGAUUCGGCGUUCCAGACACCCACCACACCUGGGAGGCGCGUGAAAAAGGUGAAGAAGACUACGACCACUGGCACUGGCACGUACAAAGGAUACAUGGACGUCGAGCCCGUCACGACAGAUACCCAUCUCAAGGGGUAUGCCGGGCCCUUUGACAGAGGGAUGCGCGGCCAAGCACUUACAAACACAUGGUAUGGUCCUCGAGAAGCGAGUAUUCAGCUUGCGCAGCGGCUGUUGGAGCGCUGGAUGAAGUGGACGGUUCUGCCGCCUCGGAAUGUUGUGUCCGAGGAAGGAGUUCCGAAUAUUGCACCGUGGGCAGACCAGUACAGAGAGAAGAUGGCAUACAUGGCCGAAAAGUGGGCUGUGAGAGUCAAAAACGACGAUGCCGUCACUGGCACAAAAUACAGGACAUUAACCGACGAUGAGGCGACUCUAUACCAAAUGCCGAAGCGGGAACUGAGAGUAAUAAUGGGACCGUUUGAAGCGCAGAGAGAGAUUCCCAUGCAUCCAGGUGAUUCGUAUGCCCUUUCACAGGGCUGGAUUCCAUACGAAACCGACGAAACUGAGACCAAGAUCCCCACGGGCUGGAUAUUCGAUGUCGGCGGUAUAGUGACGGGGAUGGACUGGAUGCCAAGAAGGGAAGGUGAGCAGAUUCUUGCUUUGGCGGUGAUACCGCACUCAGAUCAAGAGGAGUACAAUUAUGAGGUGGAGCACCAGAAGCCGGAUUUCCAGAAAUUCGGAACCGUGCAACUAUGGGCGUUUACGGACGAGGAGAUCGAUGGUGUUCGUAGACCGUCGACGCAGGGACCGCGGCUCAAGAAGACUAUAUGUCUGGAUUACGGGCGUGCCAGGCGGAUACGAUGGAGUCCGGCGUGCGAUCAUCUCGCUGUGCUGUGUGGCGAUGGAAACGUACAUGUCAUUGAGGUGGAUGAUCAGGACGGGUCAUUUGACAAGGUCGAGUAUCCCCUUGCUUCAUUCAUCCUUGACAACGAAUCCUCAAUCAAAGCUACGUGCUUCGCAUGGGCAAACUUCAACAGACUCGUCAUCGGAUAUUCGGAUGGCUCAAUAGCCCUGUGGUCGCUUCACCCGAACUGUCUCCUGUCAAGACACCCCGUGCAUCACAGUCUCAUCAUUGAUAUUGCAACUGGCGCCCCAUCGCAACCAUUUCUCGUAGCUUCAACGCCUGUAGGUGGUACAACAAAACUGGUUGACCUCAGCUGUCCGACAUACGAGUCAACCGAAGUGCAAACCAACGCGGUUAGCUGGCAGCCCAACAUGUUGGCCUACAGCGACCACAUUCAGGGCUUCUUCUCGGUAUACCCUUCCGCGAAUGCGCUAAACACCAUGGUCGGAUUCAUGCACCAGCGCUACUUUCCCAUUGUGAGAAGGAUAUUCGUCGGUGAAAGCUACAACUCGUGUCUUGGGGUUGGCAAAACCCAUCCGUUCCUGCUAGUUGGUACAAGUGACGGAUCGCUAUGGAGCAUGAAUCCACAAGUUGAGCUGUUCACCAGUAAGCGAGAGCUCACUGAUCGGUUGCGCAUAUUUCAACACGAACACCGCCCCAGGGAACUGUUUCCUGCAGAGCCCUUAGCUCCAGCACGAGGCGCAUCACGCAUCAUCCAUGGUUUUGCUAUUGAGAAGGGAAGGAGUCCCAAGGGCGAGAUUAAAGCGCAGCACGGAAAGAAGCCCAAGCGGCCGACAAAGGCUGAUCUUGAAGCCGGUGAUAGAAAUGACGACGACGAAGAGACGGGCGGGUUGAUGGAUCCAACGAGAGGAAUCGUGUACGAGCCGUUGUCGAGGAUUACUGUCGUCGAAUGGAAUCCGAAUGAAGGGUUUGGGUGCUGGGCUGCUGCGGCCAUUGCGUCAGGCUUGGUGAGGGUCAUGGAUUUGGGUCUGGAUAAUGCUGGUUGA